GUAGUGACUGUGCCGUUAUUUAAGAUCCAGGAGUAAUCCAGCUAAGUCUUCCAGCAAAAAGUGCGACCGUUAGUCUGCGUUUGACAGUUGAAAUACACCACAGUAAUCGAUCAGCCCAGGCUGUGUUGCCACGCGAUGGCUGAUUAUGACGUCCGUUCCUCUGCGCACCGGAAGGAGAUGUGAGAACACCGGAAGGAGAAAGACUCUGCGCCUGGCAGUUGGGCAGUCGUUGGGAACAGCUGCCGUUGCUUUUGGCGGUACCGCAUGAGGGAGAUGCUGGCUGCCUUUGUCUCCCGUGUGCUGUGGGGGGUGGCCAAGAAGCCAGCUCGCAGAGUGCUGGUGGCAUCCUGUAACUAUUCAAAUGAUGCCAUGUUUGAAAUUAAGAAAUGUGAUCUUUAUUUGUUGGACGAGGGUCCUCCGCUGACUGCAGUGCUCACGAGAGAAGACGGGCUCAGAUACUACAAGAUGAUGCAGGUUGUUCGGCGCAUGGAAUUGAAAGCCGAUCAGUUGUAUAAACAGAAAUUUAUUCGUGGUUUCUGCCAUUUGUGUGAUGGGCAGGAAGCUUGCUGUGUGGGGCUUGAGGCAGGUAUAAACCCCUCGGAUCACGUCAUCACAUCCUAUCGGGCGCAUGGCGUGUGCUACACUCGUGGACUCCCUGUCCGGUCAAUCCUUGCAGAGCUGACAGGCAGAAGAGGAGGCUGUGCUAAAGGCAAGGGAGGAUCGAUGCAUAUGUAUGCCAAGAACUUCUAUGGGGGCAAUGGCAUUGUGGGUGCCCAAGUACCCCUGGGAGCUGGUGUCGCUCUGGCCUGUAAGUACAUGGGAAACAACGAGAUCUGCCUGACUUUAUAUGGGGAUGGCGCAGCUAAUCAGGGUCAGAUAGCCGAAGCUUACAAUAUGGCAGCUUUAUGGAAACUACCUUGUAUUUUCAUCUGUGAGAAUAACCUCUAUGGAAUGGGGACAUCGGUUGAGAGAGCAGCAGCCAGCACUGACUAUUACAAGAGAGGCCAUUUUAUCCCUGGGCUAAGAGUGGAUGGAAUGGAUAUUCUGUGUGUUCGGGAGGCAACGAGGUUUGCAGCCAACUAUUGUAGAUCUGGAAAGGGGCCCAUACUGAUGGAGCUGCAGACCUACCGUUAUCAUGGACACAGUAUGAGUGAUCCUGGCAUCAGUUACCGUAGCCGAGAAGAAAUUCAAAAAGUAAGAAGCAAGAGUGAUCCUAUUAUGCUUCUCCAAGAUAGGAUGGUGAACAGCAAGCUUGCCAGUGUGGAAGAAUUAAAGGAAAUCGACUCUGAAGUGAGGAAAGAAAUCGAGGAUGCAGCCCAGUUUGCUACAACUGAUCCUGAACCCCCUGUAGAAGAAUUGGGCCAUCACCUCUACAGCAGUAAUCCACCUUUUGAAGUUCGUGGUGCAAAUCAGUGGAUCAAGUUUAAGUCUGUUAGUUAAAGAUUCUAUAUAAAGUCCCACAGUGGGGUACUUAGGGUCAACUGUAAGGAAUUCUUGGUCUCAAUUUUGUUGAGGAAUAAAAACCUAUAAAAUGAA